AUGUAAUAAAAUAACAGCAAAGUAAUUGUUUUGAAAUAAAACUAAGAAGCAAAGCUAGUUAAUGCAUUGUAUGAAAUGAUGUAUUUGAAUAAACAAUUGGAAGAGAGAAAAAUACAAUUAGAACAAAAUGAUGAUUUUGAUUUGAAUCAAUUUUAUGCAUUCUUUGAUACUUUUAAUUAGAGAAAGAUAACAAGACUAGAUUUUGAGCUAGGAUGUAUGUCUUUAGGGAUAAAAGCUAAGAAAUCAUAAAUAAAUUUGUUGUUUUAAAGGUUUUCAGAGGAUAAUUCAUUUCUUACAUAUUAAGAAUUCGUUAAUGUUAUUUCGUGUAGUAACGAUCCUCUUGUCAGAAUUGUAACCAAGAUAAGUGUCAAAACAAUGGCAAAGUUUAAAGAAUUGAUUGCGUAAAUACUGUUAACCGAGGAAAAAAUAUAAUUAGUUAAAGAGAGAUUAGCAGAAAAUUCUGAAUUCAGUCUAGAAUUGGCCUUCUUGUUUUUUGACAAAUUGAAAGUAGGAACAAUUACAAUAGACGAGUUUAGAGAAGUAUUUGAAUCCUACAAUAUACAAAUUACAAACUAAGAAAUAGAAUCUCUGAUUUCAAUUUAUACCAAAAAAGAAUCAAGAGUGAGUUACGGAAGCUUUAUUUCAGGUAUGAAUCCAAUACAAUGA